AUGGACUCCGUGUACUCCGACAUCGACAGCAACAGCUGCGACUUCUUCCCGCACACCGACGACGAGGACUCCCGCGGCAGCUCGCCUCUCUGCCAGCCGCCCGAGCAGCUGCAGCAGCAGAAGAAGCGGCGCCGCGGCCGCGCCCGCAGCGAGGCCACGGUGCAGGUGGUGAAGAAGAACCGGCGACUGAAGGCCAACGACCGCGAGAGGAACCGCAUGCACAACCUGAACGACGCGCUGGACGCGCUGCGCGGCGUCCUGCCGGCCUUCCCGGAUGAGACCAAGCUCACCAAAAUCGAGACUCUGCGCUUUGCGCACAACUACAUCUGGGCUCUGUCGGAGACCAUCCGCAUCGCCGACCUGCAGGCGGGAAAGCCCGGCGACACUCCGCUACUGGUGAGCCUGGCCGAGGCCCCGAGCCCCGGGAGCGACGCCUGCUCCUGGAGCUCCAGCGGCUCCUCGUCCUCCUCUUCCCCGGCUUACAGCGCCUCCAGUCCGGGCAGCCCCGCCGAGCGGGAGGACUACGCCUACCUGCAGCAGGACGCGCUGUUCGGCCUCCGCAGCUUCGUGCCGGGCAUCUACUGA